AUGUUUUGUCAGAGGCUAUUCAACGCCUUUGCUCACCCAACUUCUAUAAUGACUUCUGAUCCUCCAGCUUCUACUGCAACUCUAGUUGUUCCUUUAUAUACUAAGGAUCCAUUAGAUCCUACUAAUGUUAUUAAUCUAGACUCCCUGAUUCCUGAUGUGGAUGUGAUGCAUUUUUAUUCUGCUAUACCUUUCCCUGGUUCUUCUUCUUCCGAGAUUUUGUCUCUUCCAAAAAUGGGAGGUACCUUGCCCUAUUUUCCAACAUCCCUGCCAAUUUUGGUGUCAGUGGCCUCUUCGCUCCCAUCCUUCCUUCAUCCAUUUGCCAGUAACAUGAUUUUCCAACUCCUUUCCUUGGGAAACAUGAUCAAUGAAGAGGAAGAGUUUAUCAUGAUGAAUGCUACUCUUCAAUCUGCCGCCAUCGAACUUGGUUUAAACCGGUAUUUCCUUGAGAUGAAGAUAAAAUACUCAGUGGAGCUUGAUGGAAAAGAAGUUUUGUACUCUUAUCCAAAUGUGGAGGACGUUAUACUACAACGCUUCUUUGAUCUUACCAAUUAUGACUAUCCUUUCUUAAAGAUGCUAAACGCUGAUAGUAUGGAUGCGAGUUUAUUGAAGAAGCAUUUGGAGGAUUCUGACGUAACUACUGAUGAUGAUUAA